AUUUAGCUACGCUAGGCUCCAGCUUUAUUCUCUGUCUGCACACGAGUAACCUGAUUCCCAGGGCAACAGUUGCCACCGCAAAACACCCAAUGACAUUAGUGAGAAGAGAGCUUAGUGUGAAAGUUAAGACGGACCCUUUGGAAGUAUUUCAAUGCACGAGGACCGGACUCCACUGCUGGGGAAACACAAGGCACAGCCCUGUCUAACGGAAUGAAACUUCCUGCUAUUCGCUUGAAUUCCACAACUCUGUCUAUUCCUCGAUCCACACCUGUCCGCCAAAGUCGCUGCCUUAUGGUCACUCCCCUGACAUUGCCCAUCAUGUCGCCUGCCUCGGCAGCACUGCCAGUCAGCCAGUCUGUCCCCAGACUGGACCCUCUCCAUCCUCCUCUGGCCCAUAGACGGACUGUCAGCCUGGAGACCCCUGCUGUGCAUCACCACAACCACCAGAGGGCACUGGUUAUGCAGAGAAAGGAGCACUAUAGGUAUCACCAGGUGUGGCGGAAGCCAUUCUACGGAUCCUGCACUGAAAGAGAGGAGUACAGAUCGGAGGUACGUCAGCAUCUGAAGAGGCAGAUGGAGGAGAAGAGGGCGGGGCUGAUGCUGAAGUUGACCAGUAAGGCAGAGGAGGCUGAGUUUUUACAGGAAGUGGAUCGCUUGGCUCUGUCCAAUGAGAAACAGCAGAGGAUCCAGCACAGCAGAGCGUUGAGACACUACAGAGAUGAGAACAAGAAGCUGAUGGAGCAGAGCUGGAGGGACAGGGCACUGAUUCGCUCUCAGGAGGCCCUGAUGGAGAGAGAACUGCUACGCCACAACCCCAUUAAUUCGAGCGGCACACUGAAAUAGAAGCACACACCUCUGCUCACAAAUUCUCUUUUUCCAUAGCUAACAUUAUAGGGGACGUCACUAUUUUUAGGGUUAGGGUUAUUUAAUUAGGCAAGUCAGUUACGAACAAAUUCUUAUUUACAA